GCCCAAGUCGAUAAUGUCUGAACAAAAUGUAUAUAUAUAUAUAAAAAAAAAAAAAAAUACUUAAAAUUAUAACAACAACAAUAUUAACAUUGUCAUAAUAAAGCGUGGUGCAAUUAAUUUUUUUUUUCUACACAUAAAUAAACCAUGACAGCAAUAAUAAAUGAGUACGUCACCGAAACGGAACGAUGUUGACAACUCAUUCGGAAACGAUUUGUUUUUUUGUUCAUUUUACCUCAAGCUACAAAGGUAUGGUUUGACUGUUCCUAAAAAGAAGUUAAAUGAACCUAUGAAAUUAAGAAAUGUCUUUGGCGACGAUAGUGAUUCCGAUGAAAACCAAACUGGGAAAAAAGUUAUUCAGACUCAAAACAGAACCAAAGCUCAAGAAAGAAGUGCUAAUAUAGUGAUUGAUAAGGCUCUGGAAGAAGAUUCUACAGUUUUUCAGUACGAUGAAGUAUAUGAUGAAAUGGAAAAGAAAAAAGGACACUUAGAUAGUAAAAAAAAGAAAGAAGUCGAUAAAAAACCUCGGUAUAUUGAAAACUUAAUAGCUCAAGCAGAAAAACGUAAAAUCGAAUAUGAACGCCGAAACGAAAGAAUGAUACAAAAGGAAAGAGAAGCGGAAGGCGACGAAUUUAAAGAUAAAGAAGCGUUUGUCACGUCGUCGUAUAAGAAAAAGCUGGAAGAAAUGAAAAAAAUGGACGAGGACGAUUUAAAAUUAUCAAUGAUAGAAGAUAUUAACGAUGUUACUAAGCAGAGAGACAUGGGCAGUUUUUACAGACAUUUAUAUAAAGCCGAGUUGUGCAAAGACGAAAAUGUCGCUGAAGAAAAAAUGAUAACCAAAGUAUCAGAGACAAGUCGCCAGUAUCGAAAACGAGCUUCUUCGGAAAGCUCAAAUUCCAGUGUCGCUAAUGACGACAAAGACGAUACUGAUAUGUCUAACUCCGACUCGUCUAGUGAUUCGCCCAAGCGGAAAAAGAAGAGUGAUGAAAAUGGACCUGAAGAAGGCGAGAUUAUCGAAGAUAAACCCGCCGAUUUAUCGAGUACUUUAAAAGAUAAAAUAGACGAACCAGAGACGACCGUCAAAGCCGAAGCCGACACUAUUAAAAAAGACAAGAAAGAGAAGAAAGAAAGUAAGCCCAAAGAACCUAAGCGAGAUAUUUGGAAAAAGAGGACAGUGGGCGAUGCUUUUAUAGCGGCACAGCAAAGGUAUUUCGAAAGAAAAGCAAACGGAGCUAUUUUACAAUAUUAAAACUCCACGGUUUAAAUUAAAAUGUAAUUAAACAUUUGUAAAUAGUAAUUGUAAUAAAAAAAAAAAAAAACUAA